ACGACAGUUAUAUAUACAAGUUUUAAAGACUAAGCAGUGCUGCAAACUCUCACUUGUGCUAUGAAAACUUGUAACCGUCUCAAUUCUUUAUGGCUUCAUGCUUUGCACCCCUAAAAGAGAAGCGAUGAGCACAACCAACAUGGGUACUAUGAUUCCAAAUUGGAGAAGGAUAUAUGGAUAUGUUUUGGCUCUUUCAUUUUGUUAUUUAAUUUCCACAACAGUGGCACAGAGCACACACCCCUCAGAAGUGAAUGCAUUGUUACAAAUCAAGAAAAGUUUGAUUGAUCCCUUAAACCAUUUGUGGAACUGGAACAAAGGUGAUCCAUGUACAUCAAAUUGGAAUGGUGUCUUGUGUCCUCUAAAUGUUGGGGCUGAUGGUCAUUUCCAUGUCAAAGAGCUCUACUUAAUGACUAUGAAUCUCUCUGGAAAUUUGACACCCCAACUUGAUCAGCUAUCUCAACUAGAGAUAAUGAACUUCAUGUGGAAUAACAUAACAGGAAGUAUACCCAGGGAGAUAGGAAAUAUCACAUCAUUGAGACUCUUGCUCCUGAAUGGAAAUGCACUAUCAGGUAAUUUACCAUAUGAGCUUGGCAAUCUUCAAAAUCUAAACAGAUUUCAAGUUGAUCAAAACCAACUCUCCGGUCCAAUACCGCCUUCAUUCGCCAACUUGAGCUCUGUCAAGCACAUCCACAUGAACAACAACUCAUUUAGUGGUCAAAUUCCUCCCAAACUUUCAAACCUAUCCAACCUUCUUCACUUGCUUCUGGAUACCAAUAAUUUAUCUGGCUAUCUUCCACCAGAAUUCUCCAUGUUACCCCAGCUGCGGAUACUCCAACUUGAUAACAAUCACUUCACAGGGAGCAGAGUUCCUUCUUCCUAUGCAAACUUAUCUAGACUAGCAAAAUUAAGUCUCAGAAACUGCAGUUUGCUAGGAGAAGUACCUGAUCUCAGUUCAAUACCACAGCUUUACUAUCUAGAUCUUAGCUGGAACAAUCUUACUGGACCGAUACCAUCAAAAAAACUUGCUGAAAAUAUGACUACCAUUGAUCUUUCUAAUAAUAAUCUGAAUGGAUCAAUUCCUGGAUACUUCUCAGAGCUACCUUCUCUUCAAAGACUGUCUCUUGAGAACAACAACUUUUCAGGAUCAAUCUCUGCUAAGAUAUGGCAGAAGAUGACUCUCACUACUAAUGCUAAAUUAACAAUCGACCUACGAAACAACUCACUUUCAAGAAUUUUGGGAGAUCCGAGUCCUCCGCCCAACGUCACCUUAAGGCUUGGAGGAAAUCCUAUAUGUAAGAGUUCUCAAACUAGUGGAAUAUUGGCCAAACAAUGUGGAUUUGAAGGAGAAGAAGAAGACAAUCACUUAACAAAUUCAACAACUACAUGUCCCCCUCAAGCUUGUUCAGUGAAUGAUUUCUUUGAAUAUGUCCCAGAUUCACCUAUUCCUUGCUUUUGUGCAUCACCUCUUAGAAUUGGAUACCGGCUGAAAAGCCCGAGUUUUUCUUUCUUCCCACCAUACAAAGCUUCAUUUAGAUCAUAUGUUACCCAUGCUUUGAACUUGGACUUCUAUCAGCUAUCAAUAGAUUCAUAUUCUUGGGAAGAAGAAGAAACUCGUCUUAGGAUGUAUUUGAAACUCUUUCCUGAGGCUAGUUAUUCACACAAUGAGUUCAAUUCAUCCGAGGUCUAUCGAAUGCGAAGCAUAUUCUCGUCGUGGAAUUUUGGUGGAAGUGAUUUUUAUGGGCCAUAUGAACUUUUGAAUUUCACCCUUGAAGGACCUUAUGCAUAUUUAAUUACAAAAUCAGAAAAGAGCAAAAGUAGUAGAUUGGAAAUCAUUUUUGCUGUAGUAGCAGCUGUGGCAGUUGUUAUAGCAAUCUCAGCAAUAGUCACUCUCAUUAUUGUAAGAAGAGAUAUCAAAAACCAGGACAGAUUUUCGAGAAGACGUCGCUCCUCUAGUAUUCCUAUCAAAAUAGAUGGUGUAAAAGAAUUCACUUUCAAAGAAAUGGUUCUUGCCACUGAUAGUUUUAGCAGUUCGAAUCAAGUCGGCCGAGGAGGUUAUGGAACCGUUUAUAAAGGCACUCUACCUGAUGAAACAAUUGUUGCCAUAAAGAGAGCACAAGAAGAUUCCCUACAAGGAACAAGGGAAUUCUUGAAUGAGAUUGAACUACUAUCGAGGUUACAUCAUCGAAAUCUAGUCUCCUUGAUUGGAUAUUGUGAUCAAGAAGGGGAGCAGAUGCUUGUUUAUGAAUUUAUGCCUAAUGGCACCUUACGCGAUUGGCUUUCAGGCACAAAGGGAAACUUAACAUUUGGUAUGAGAUUGCGCAUCGCGAUUGGUUCGGCCAAAGGAAUACUAUAUCUGCAUACUGAGGCGAAUCCUCCGAUAUUCCAUCGAGAUAUCAAAGCAUCAAACAUACUCCUAGACUCCAAGAUGAUUGUUAAAGUAGCAGAUUUUGGACUGUCGCGGCUUGCACCACAACUAGAUGAAGGGAAUGAACCUAAAUAUGUGUCAACAGUUGUGAAGGGAACACCAGGUUAUCUGGAUCCAGAGUACUUGUUAACUCAUAAAUUGACAGAUAAGAGCGAUGUCUAUAGUCUUGGAGUUGUGUUUAUGGAGCUUUUGACUGGCAUGCAGCCAAUAUCACAUGGGAAAAACAUUGUUCGCGAGGUGAAUAUGGCUUAUAAUUCAGGCAUGAUAUUUUCCAUCAUAGACAGUAAGAUGGGUUCCUACCCCUCAGAUUGUGUUGAGAGAUUCUCAACUCUGGCCAUAAAUUGUUGCCAUGAUGUUACUCAGAAGAGACCAGCAAUGCUUGAUGUGGUGAGGGAGCUCGAAAACAUCGCCGCAAUGCUGCCGGGAACAGAAACUUCUUUCUCAAAUAUCAUUUCCCAUAAUGACAGUUCAGUGCAAUCAUCAUCAUCAUCAUCAUUCAUGCCAAGUAAGGACCAUCAAGGAUCUUCAUCUGCUUCAGAAAUUUGCCUUGUUAGUGGUCCCAUUUCAACAAUACUUCCACGUUGAUGCCAAACAAGUGAUAGAAAUCAUUUUCUCGCAACUAAAUAGGACCAUUUGUGAAUUUAUCAUUUCCAUUAUGUAAAUUUGACAAUACCAGAAUAUUUUAAUGUAAAAGUACACUUUUGUUAAUAUACAAAAAAUCGGCUACUAAAAAUGUAUAAAACAAUACAUGUAUAUC